CAUCUUGUAACUAACAUACUAUACACAUAUACCCACACUUAUUCACACUCUCUAAUAAACUCUAUCUAUCUCUUUACACAACUACCCCAAAACACAUUCACUAACAAUCAUGUGAUCGCAAUCAGUUACUCAAAUAAAUUAAUUACCUCCACAAAACCAAAUCUAGUACCGCCCGAAAUUAUUAACUGAGCGGGCAGGAGGACCGAUCACUGAACAAUUUGACAACGACAACGAACUGCAACAACACCACCACUUAAUCGACCCCAGUAGUUGAUUAACGUGUUAUACAGAUUCAGUCAAAAAAAUCAACAAAAAAAAGAACCCACAUUAAGUUCUACUCGUAAUUAUGGAUUUCGAAGAACAAUUAGAUAAAUUAGAUAAGUUGGAAUCUCCAGCCUUAGUUGGAUCUUCAAUUAGAUCAGCUGAUGAUUCACCUCAUCAUAAUUAUAUUCAUCCUGAAAGAUACUCUUCAUCCAAAGAUCAUUCACCUGUUGGAACCAAAACUUCAAAAAAAUCAUCAUCUGUUUUAAAUCAAAAUAUUUCAGCUUCAUUAGAUGAAUUAAUUAAUGAAGGUGCCCUUUUAGGUUCAGAAGAAGAUUUUGAUAAAUUUUUAGAUCAAGAUGGUACUAUUAAGGGAGAUGUUAAAUAUGAACCAUCAGAAGAGCCAGUUCAAGAAGAAGAUGAAAAACCAGAAGAUUCAGAAAUUGUUACUAAACCAACCACUGAAGAAUCAGAAUCAGAAUCAAAAUUAAAAGAGUUACCAAAGGAUGAAGAAAUUAAAACUGGAAAAUCAAUUGAAAAACCUAUCGAUUCAACUACAACUGGAGAUAAUUCAUCUUCAAGUUUUUAUCAACAAGGUGAUGAUUAUUCUACUCCAAAUUUAUCACAAUAUCAAUUAGAUAAUGAUAUUAAAGAUCAUAAUUCUUUAUUAGCCAAUGUUCAAUCUUAUGAUCCUCAAAGAUUACCAAAAUCUUCAAAUCUUGGAGUAACUGGAGCCCUUUCUAAUGAAGCCUUUAGAAGAACAGAUUCUCCAAGAAAAUCAGGUGUAUCACCAAUUAGAGCUUCAUUAAUUGAUCAUGGUAAUGCUCCACAAGGUGGAAUUCAUACCCCAUAUUUCCAUACUGAUAGAUCAAGAUCAAGAUCAAGAUCUGCUGCUACUACUGAAAGAUCAGUAUCAAGAAAUUCAAAUAGACCUCAUUUAGCUAGAGGUGAUUCUUAUAAGAGUACUCAUUUAGAAGAACCUUCUAAAUAUGAAUUACCUCCUGAUUUUACAACUCAAGAAGAAGAAGGAACUGAUGAUAGAAGAGGUAGAGCCUUUAAGCCUACCAUGGGUGAAUCUGUUGCUAAAGCAGAAGCUCAAGCUGAAGCUUUAGCUCAAUUACCUAAAGAUCCUUCUUUAGUUACUACAGGAGAUUAUACUAAUUUUAAUGUAGAUAGUCCUGUAUCUGAAUCUGUUGCUCCAAGUGCUAAUAUGGUUGCAACUAGAUCAAUUUCUUCUACUAAUUAUUUAAGAUCAAUCUCAAGAUCAAGAAGUAGAGCUGUAGAUCAUUCUCAUGAAAAUGAAAAGAAUGAUGCUAACACGGAAGAACUUGUUAGAGAAGGAGCUUUAGUUAAUGAUGAUCCUUAUUCUACUAUUGGAGAUUUGGAUAGUAUUGUUGAAAAUGUCUUACAUCCAAAAAAAGAAGAUGAGAAAGCUUCUGAGGAAGUACCAGAAGUAACUGAGGCUAAGGAAGAGGAAACAAAGGAACCAGAAGAAAAGGAACCAGAAGAAAAGGAACCAGAAGAAAAGGAACCAGAAGAAGUUGAAAGUAAAGAAGCUGAAACUGAGGAAUCCGUAGAAGCUGAAACCAAGGAGCAGCCAGAAGAAGCUGAGUCCAAGGAGACAGAAGAAGAUGAAACCAAGGAGCCAGAAGAAGCUGAAACUAAGGAAUCAGAAGUAGAGUCUAAGGAGUUGAUUGAAGAACCAGAAACAAAAGAAGAAGAAUCAGUUGAAAAGGACGAGCCUGUUGAAAAGGACGAGCCUGUUGAAAAGGAAGAAGCAGUAGAAGAACCAGUUUCAGUUAAGGGACUCAGCAUUAAUGAAGAUAAAUCUGAAUCUUCCACAGAAAAGGAACCUGUUGUCGCGACUAAUACUGAAGAUCUUGAAGAUUUAGAUGUUUCACCUGAAGAAAUUAGAAAACAUUUAGAAUCACUUCCAAUUUAUAUCUUUACAUCUUUAGCUGGUGGUAUGCAAGUUAUGACCAGAACUAAUCGAUUAACUGUCAUACUACGAGCCAAUGGAAUUAAUUUUGAAUAUCGUGAUUUAGGAACUGAUGAAGAAGCUAAAAAGAUAUGGAAGAGGCAAUCUAAUGGUAAGACUUUACCAGGAGUUGUUAGAGAUGAUGAAUAUAUUGGUAAUUGGGAAGAAAUUAUUGAAGCUAAUGAAGAGUAUAAACUUAAAGAACUUCUCUAUGAAACCUUGUAAUUCUUCAGUAGUAUUCAUAUAAUAUAUAAGAUAUAAUAUAUA